UCAGCGCGGGAAAGCCCCGCCCCGCGGCGGCCGCGGCUUCCCGGCGAGGACGGCGGUGCGGUGCGGUGCGGUGCGGUGCGGUGCGGCCAUGACGCUGCCGGGGCGGGCGCCGCUGUCGCUGUCGCCGUCGCCGUCGCCCUACCUGCACAGCCUGCCCGCCUGGGUGCUGGAGGACUUCUGCCAGAAGAUGGACUGCCUCAGCGACCCCGACUGGAUGCGCUUCGCCUCCUACGUGAUAACGGACCAGACCGAGCUGCGGAAGAUCAAGUGCCUGGAGAAGACGGGGAUCAGCGUGACCAGAGAGCUCAUGUGGUGGUGGGGCGUGAGGCUGGCGACGGUGCAGCAGCUGCUGGACCUGCUGCAGGGGCUGCAGCUCUACCGGGCGGCCCAGGUCAUCCUGGACUGGAAAUCAGCCUCUAAUAUUGCCAAUUCUGAAAAAAAAGAGCUGGUAGAGCCACCUAAAGAGGAGACUAUAUCUUUAACUCCUACAGAAAAUAAAAAUAAAGAGAGAGAAAAUGAGAUAAGCCUGUUGCCAUCACCAGACUCUUCACAUUUGGGAAUAUCACCAGCAGGUAACCCUAUUUCUGCAGGAGUUUUGUGUUCACUCCCUUCACCACCAACUCCCCCAGGACACCUCUUGAAAUCCUUACAGUCAAAUCCUCCUGUCUCAUCAAGUGUGAAGCCCUGCAGCUCUUCUACUCCUCAGCAGGAGACAAUGACUGAUCUCCCCAGCGGGAGUCUUUUGUGGACCCAGAGGGAAGUUAUUAAUGCCACAAAUGGUUUCAGUGAGGAGGGCAGAAUUUGUGAAGGUACUUUUGCAGAUGUCUACAAAGGUCAGAGGCACAACACAGUGUAUGUCAUCAAAAGACUGAAAGAGAUGGAAUGUACAAGCCCAAAUUCAACUCAAAGAUUCUUUCAUACAGAAGUACAGAUUUGCUUUCGGUGUUGCCAUGUUAACAUUUUGCAGCUACUGGGUUUCUCAGUAGAAACUGGAUUACACUGUUUGAUAUAUCCAUACCUGCCUGAGGGAUCACUACAAAACAAACUUCAUUGUCACGAUGAUUCUGCUCCACUGACAUGGGAGACACGCAUUAGCAUUUCCACAGGACUAAUCCGAGCUGUACAGUACCUACAUAAUUUUGGAAUUCUUCAUGGUAAUAUCAAAAGUUCAAAUGUCUUGUUGGAUGAAAACUUUACACCAAAGCUCGGACAUUCAGGUCUGCGAUUGUAUUCUGUUGAUAAGAAAUCAGAGUAUGCUAUGAUGAAAACCAAAGUCCUACAAACUUCUCUUACUUAUCUGCCAGAAGAUUUUAUCAGGCAUGGGCAGUUAACAGAAAAAGUUGAUAUAUUUGGCUGUGGUGUGGUCUUAGCAGAGAUACUGACAGGGGCUAAGGCACUAGAUGAAGGAAGACACCCUAUUUAUCUGAAAGAUAUGAUUGCUGAUGAAAUUCAAAUAGUGAAAGAAAACUCAUGCUCCAAGGUCAAAAAUUUUGAAAAGCUAGCUGCCAAGGAAAUAUGCUGUAAAUAUCUAGACAAGAAAGCAGGACACUUGCUGGAAGAGAUUGCUGUUGAUUUUGCAUUGGCCGUCUGCUUUUGUCUGAGAAGAAAGAAUCCUAACAUAGCAGAGGUGCUUGAAAUUAUGGAAAUGGCUGAAAAUAAGUUAAGAGAGCAUAACAUUUGUGGAUACAGCACUUCUUCUGGAUUUUCCGUGAACACUCCAGAAGAAACAGAUGAUGAGACAACUAGCCUCAGCGUGGAUGGUGGUUCUUCACAGGAGAAUAAAGAGGACAGCACACAGACAAAGACCGUGACAGGUGCCAAUCCUUGCACACCUUUAACAGGAGUUGUGUCACCUGACAUUUACUGUGGACAAAUGUCAAGGGUCCCUUGUGAAUCAGAUGAAUCAAGCAGUUUUAUACAGAAUUCUGCAGAAGGGGCUACAGAUGAGCUGUCUAGCAACAGUUGUUACAAUUCAGAAAAUACCACAACCUCUGAGUACAGGAAAAGGGAGGAAAGACCUGUGAAUGGACUCCAGGAAAGAAACAUGGCAUCCAUUGAAAGUGAUGAGAACUUGGAAACAACGUCUACCGCACAGAGCACCUUUCAACGAAAAAAUGCAGACCUUGAUGCUUCAUGUUCUUCACAAGCAUUAGCCAGAGAGACAUCUUGGAAAAUAAAGAUAAAUGAUCAAAAAAAGAAGCUUAUGGAAAAUAUUUUACUAUAUGAAGAAGACAAAUUAAACAGUUCUGAACUUUUUGAAUCUUAAAUUGGAUGGAUUUAUUAGCAGUGACCAGCUCAGAAGAAGAAAUAAGGACUGUCUCCUCAUUAGAAAGAUGGUAAAAGUACACCUUUCAUAUAAGGUUAAGUGGCAGGUUUUGACCAGAAACAUUAACCCUCUCUGAAGAAAACAAAAGUGAUCACAUUUGAGAUGAACCAGAAAAUAUCUGUUCUAAGCAGAUCAAAACAAAAUGCAACUCUAUAAACUUAAAUGCCUUUGUUCUUCUCAUCUGCAACUUAAAAUAUGGCAAAUACCAAUAGCUACCAAAGUAAUUUUCAAGGUUCUUUUGCAAUGCACUUCAGAAAGCAUCUGCAUAUAAUGUCUCUUAUUUUAAAUCACAGUCCUAGAAGUUAUAAGGCAAGCAUUGAUCAGCAACUAGUUAGCAAUACUCUUUAUUGUUAUCACAUUGUACACAAGUAGACAGAAAUCUCUGAACAGACUGGAAAUAGUUUCAAUUUCCAAAAGAAAUAUUUCAUAUAAUCUUAUUCUACGUACUUGGAAAACACUCCCUAUCAGAGAGAGAAUUUUUAUGCAAGUUCUCAGAUGAAUUCCAUUUGACUCUUUUUCAAUGUGAAUUGCACUGAAAUUGUUGUAAGUGAAUAAUUUAAGCCAUGUUAGUCUACUGUAUGACCUACUCUACUAGCUGUAUGUAUAUGAUACUGUCUUAAGUCUAACUUUUAAGUUUCACUGUCAACAGCUCUAAAAGAGUGUUUAGUACUUGGUAAGGAUAUUUUUGGAAGUUAAUUUCUGUGUUCUUUACAUGUUAUUAAGGGGUCUCGUUUUGUUUCACGUGGUAACUAUUAUAUAUUUUGGAUUAGGGGCAAGAUUUUAAUUUAAAAACUAGUUAAUUUUUUCCUGGGUCAUUUGAAAUUUGAUUUGUUAAAUUUCUCUUGGCAAUGGGUAAAUUAAUUAGUAAAAGAUAAGCUAGUAAAUGGACCUGUUUGUGGAGCCCCACUCACUGAGCAUUCCUUGAGAAGGAAUUUUCUGUGUGUCUUGUAGCUUACCCAGCAACAGUAGUAGACCUGGGGUGACUCUCUGUGAUCACUCUGAAAAAAAAAGGAAAAAAAAAAAAGAAACUUGUAUGCUGUCCUAUUUAUUAAGUGAAAACCCCUCAAGAAAGUGAGUGUCAGUUUUAUUGUUAUGAGUAUUUAAUAUUUGUCUUACUGUUUGCAUUUUCCACUCCUGUGCAGUCUAAGGAAACACAGGUUUAUGAUGAGCAAAAAGACCCUGUAGCUCAGCAUACUGACAAAGGUGACUGCUGCCUCAGUAGCAUGGUAAUCAGGCCCGAUGUAUGGAAAUGGGCAAAAUUCCCACCGAAGUUCAUGGAAUAUUUGAAAAAGCAUACGAAUUUAUACAUAAUUCUUCUCACUGGAAUUGUGUAAUGGUAUAACUUUCCAAGCUUUACAUUGAGAUUGCUGAGUAAGGCCUCAUAGCUUCUAUAUUUGUAUAGAACCUAGUUCAUUGUGAGUAGUAUUAUGCACAUGUAAGAGUAUUUUAACUUAAGAUCUGAGUAUUAUAAUAAUCUAUACAUUUAUCAAGUGGAUUUUUACACUAAAAACUGAUAGAAUUCCUUAAAUAUAAGUGCCUUGGAUACUGUCAAUGUAUUUCUCCAGUGUCAGGUUGUUUUAUUUUAGCAGAUUCAAAAAAAGAAAAAAAUGGUACUAACAUAAAGAACAUUAAGAGUAUAUUCAGAUUAUCCAAAAGUUGCUUAGUUUUUUAAAGAUUUCAUUGAGAUACCUUAUGGUGCUGAAAUUUUAAUAUUCAUUUGUUUUGAUGUAUGUGUUUUGGGAGAUCCGUGGUUGAUACCUCAGGUCUCUUCCAGGAAGAAAUGCAUAUAGAUGCACCUACAGAGCUGAAUGAAAAACCCGACUUUUUUUUUUUGUUUUCCAAAAACAUAAUUUAGACACAGUUCUGUUUCACAAAAAUACUUUAAAGGUCUUGUUCUCAUUCCAACACAGAGCAAAAAUACUGAAGCUGAAAUUGUUAUUCUUUGCCUAUUCCCAUGUUAAUUUUAAAGUAUCUUGAGGGAGUAUACAUGGUUUUGUAGGUUACAUAAUGUACCAUAUAUAAGAUAUAGCAUAGUCUACAAUAAUGGUGCUCUGUGACCUAACUGUUGGCUGUUCAGUGUAACGUAUGUUUUAAUCUCAACUUGGCAACUUUAUAAUUCAUUAAUAUAUUUGUGAAUAAAAUACUGAAAAAGC